AUGAGAGACGACGAUAGCAACGUUUCAGACCGCGUUAUUGCUGAAAUGGUUAUUAAGGAUAUCAAAAUCAUGUUUGAUGGCGUACCGGCUCAUAGACAUAGGGGAUUCCUUGUAUUUCCCAGGGAAAGGGAAAGAACAGUCGGUUUAUCACUUACGUUCACAGACCCAACUAGCAUGACCAAGGUGACAACAAACACCAAAGUUGACGACAGAGGACAUGUCACGUACGAGGAACACAUCAUGUUUGACGUUCAUCGCCCGGGUCCGUGGAAGAUAUCUUUCAAAUGCACUGAUCCGGAAGGCGUUGGUGCUGCUGCCAUUAUUGGUGAAGGAGUGAUUGACUUGCCAGAUUAUAAUGAAAUUCAACAUAAAUUUGAGCCACUGCUGAAGAACGGCGACACCAAGAUCGGCAAGUUGUCGUUCGGUGCGUUCUUGCUGACACCUGGUCCGCCGCCUGCGACUUUAUCAAGAGCCAUUUAUGGUGGGGACAGGUGUGGACAGCAUAUUGGAUAUUUUCUUAUUGAAAAUGUCGAAUGCACACUAUCCGACAGGUUCAGAGCUCACCUAGAGUGGACCAUUACUAAACCCCAAGUGCAUAGCACUCUAAAUUAUUACAAGGCCUCUGACGGGAAAUCAAAGUUUCCGAUAAUCUUUGAGCUUUGGGCCGUGCCGGAAAUAACGCUAGAAGUCGUGGCAAGACAAGACAAGAAGAUCGCUCGAAUGGAAGUAUUGUUGACGAGUCAAGCGAUAUGGCCAAAGUUGUUUGAAGGACAAAAAUUCGAGGUUAAAGAAAGUCUCAUGGAGAACAGGGCCAGAAGGUGUACGAUUAGUUUUACCGUGAGUUGCCACGGUUUGCUCAAAUUCAAAGACCUCGUUGGUAGUGCCCCUAUCCCAGUAGAGCCACAACCGGAACCCACUCCGAGACCGGAGGUACCUCUUUCGGCCUCACCACUAGAAAUUGGUAGAUCGAGAUCCACAUCUACUCGCUCAAGUCAUAGUCUGAGCGUAUCAUUGACUGGGCUCUUGCCCGAACGGACAUCUCCGCCCAGUCAUUCGAUAGAUUCCACAUAUCCCCCGCAACCAAGCCGAACACCGGGUUCACCGCCAUUUCGUCGACGAGGAAGCGUGUUGGAUAACCCUCCGUCCAACAUUAUCGUGCGGGAUCGAUAUUUAUUGAAAUACCAUCUCGAUGUUCCCGCCGCGCAUCCUCUUUACAUAGGAGAACACCUUCGAACAAAGGACACCUUUAUUGUCAAGGUAUUUCCCCUACAAAGGGCGUGGGUCAACGAAACGGAUUUGCUUGUGAAACUCAAGGGGAAACAGGUCGUGAAGCUGAUCGAUGCGGAUACGGACCAAAAGUACGAUCUUUAUGACCAGAAGUAUGACCUUUAUUUCACCGUCAUGGUGAAUUAUGGAGAAAAUUUGGAAAAAGAGUUGGACAGACUAAGACUACUGAGGGAAGAUGCUCAAUCUCAGAGGGAAUUGUUCAAGAAUAUAUGCGAGGCGGUGCGCUUUGUUCAUUCAAAAAAUAUAGUGCAUCUAAACCUCGAACCGUCCCAUAUCUUAUUAAAAGAAAACGGUAGCUUAAAGAUACGCCUCUGUGGGUUUUCCCGUGCGAGAGAAGUCAACUCAUCCAUAUAUCGUAUUGACGAACUGAGUAAUGGCCAGGGCACCAUCACACCGGGGUUCAGGUCGCCCGAAUUAGUAUCAAACAGCGAUAUCAGAGCCACUUUUGCAAUGGAUAUCUUUUCACUUGGAAGUAUUCUCUAUUAUAUAGUCUCGCGGACUCGGCUAUACGAUUCGGAAGAAAUUCUUCCCCGCACACCCAUAGCAGAACUGGUUGGCCACAGCUGCCGCGAUACGCUCGUGGAAGAGUUGUUGUUAAAGAUGUUGGCGAGGAAUCCUAACGAAAGGCCAAGCAUCGAGCAGGUAUUACAGGAUGCCUAUUUUGUCGGAAGGCCUCCGUCACCGUACGAAUAG